GCGCGAGCCGGCCUCGGAGACCCGGCCUCGGACCGCCCCCUCCGCGCACCGCACCCCCGGCGCCGCCUUUCGGCCCCUGUCCCCGGUUCGGCCUCGGCCCCGUCUGAUUCUCGGCGCGCGCGGCCCCGGAGGCUCUCGGCGAGCGCUGCGCGGUAACAAGUGGGCAAGGAUGCCGUACGAGAUCAAGAAGGUGUUCGCCAGCCUCCCCCAGGUGGAGAGGGGUGUCUCCAAAAUCAUCGGCGGCGACCCCAGGGGCAACAAUUUUCUUUACACCAAUGGAAAGUGCGUCAUCCUAAGGAACAUCGACAACCCGGCCAUUGCUGACAUCUACACGGAGCACGCCCACCAGGUGGUGGUGGCCAAGUACGCGCCCAGCGGAUUCUACAUCGCCUCUGGAGAUGUAUCUGGGAAACUGAGGGUCUGGGAUACCACGCAGAAGGAGCACCUCUUGAAGUAUGAGUAUCAGCCUUUCGCUGGGAAGAUCAAGGACAUUGCUUGGACGGAAGACAGUAAGAGGAUCGCAGUGGUCGGGGAAGGAAGGGAGAAGUUCGGAGCCGUCUUCCUGUGGGACAGUGGCUCUUCUGUGGGCGAGAUCACGGGACACAACAAAGUCAUCAACAGCGUGGACAUCAAGCAGAGCCGGCCAUACCGCCUGGUGACCGGCAGUGAUGACAACUGCGCUGCAUUCUUUGAGGGGCCACCAUUCAAGUUCAAGUUCACAAUUGGCGACCACAGCCGCUUCGUCAACUGUGUGCGGUUCUCUCCUGAUGGGAACAGAUUUGCCACAGCCGGGGCCGACGGUCAGAUCUACAUCUAUGACGGGAAGACGGGGGAGAAAUUGUGUGCCCUGGGAGGAAGCAAGGCUCACGACGGCGGCAUUUAUGCUGUCAGCUGGAGUCCCGAUAGCACCCACUUGCUUUCUGCUUCCGGAGACAAAACGUCUAAGAUUUGGGACGUCAAUGUGAACUCUGUUGUCAACACGUUUACCAUGGGCUCCAACGUUCUGGACCAGCAGCUGGGCUGCUUGUGGCAGAAGGACCACCUCCUCAGCAUCUCCCUGUCCGGCUACAUCAAUUACCUGGACAAAAACAACCCCAGCAAACCUCUGCGGGUCAUCAAGGGCCACAGCAAAUCCAUCCAGUGCCUGACGGUGCAUAAAAACGGCGGCAAGUCUUACAUCUACUCUGGGAGCCACGACGGACACAUUAAUAUCUGGGAUUCAGAGACGGGGGAGAACGACUCCUUCGCCGGGAAGGGCCACACGAACCAGGUGUCCAGGAUGACCGUGGACGAGUGCGGGCAGCUGGUGAGCUGCAGCAUGGACGAUACGGUGCGGUACACCAACCUCACGCUGCGGGACUACAGCGGACAGGGAGUCGUGAAACUGGACAUCCAGCCGAAGUGCGUGGCUGUCGGCCCCGGGGGCUACACUGUGGUCGUGUGCAUCGGUCAGAUCGUCCUGCUGAAGGAUCAGAGGAAGUGCUUCAGCAUCGACAGCCCCGGCUAUGAGCCCGAGGUGGUGGCUGUGCACCCGGGUGGCGAGACGGUGGCCAUCGGGGGUGCGGUAAGGCCCUGUCCCCACACCCUCCGCCCUGGGGAUGGGAACGUCCGCCUAUACUCCAUCCUGGGCAGCACGCUGAAGGAGGAGGGCAAGCUCCUGGAGGCCAAGGGCCCUGUGACGGACCUGGCCUAUUCCCAUGACGGCGCCUUCCUCGCUGUGUGCGACGCCAGCAAAGUGGUCACGGUCUUCAGCACUGCUGACGGCUACUCGGAGAACAACGUUUUCUAUGGACACCACGCGAAGAUUGUCUGCCUGGCCUGGUCUCCAGACAACGAGCACUUCGCCUCGGGCGGCAUGGACAUGAUGGUGUACGUGUGGACCCUGAGUGACCCCGAGACCAGGGUCAAGAUCCAAGAUGCGCACCGGCUCCACCACGUGAGCAGCCUGGCCUGGCUGGACGAGCACACGCUGGUCACGACCUCCCACGACGCCUCUGUCAAAGAGUGGACAAUCGCCUACUGAGGAGCCCUCCUCGGGACCAACGGAAUCAGGGACUUGGGUUGAACGCAGCUCCACAGUCACUUCUGUGUCCCGCCCUUGCCCGGCCCCCACCCUGCCCCUGGGGGAGGGGCCUCACCUCGUGCCCGCCCUCGGCCCCGCCCCCUGGGAGGACCCUGCCUCCUCCCCGCCUGCCCGCCUGCCCCGCUCGCAGGGUGAUGCUGUCUGUACAAGUCCUGAAAGCUUUAGACGGUGACAGUUUGCACAUGGAAAAUAAAGUGAGCACUUCAACCACGUGUGGCGCGUGACUCAAACCCACCGCCUGCCCGCGCAGAACAUUCCAGAGGCAGAGCCUCCAAAGCACACAGACCCGCCUGUGGCUCCGGGGGGGUUGCAUCCCCUCCCACUGCCCACCUGCGGGUCCUUCCUGGCCGGCAGGGCGGAUGCUGUAGAGCAAGUGGUGCUCGUUCAGGGCCAAUGGGCGCACAUGGAACCCGUGUUUCACUGUCAGUUUCUGUGCUUGAUUUUGAGAAUGGAAUCGUGGGGAUUUUUUUUUUUUUAAUGUAUCUUAACUGAUGUCUCUCAGUGUUUACGGCGCUGCCUCUAGGCUUUUAGAUCCCUAGUUAGCAGGACGGGGAGGCAUCCUGGUCACCGGUUCACUCUCGUGCUUUGAUGUUUUCCUGUCUUUCUAUCCCCCUCUGUUCCCAAGAGCAAAGAUUAAUUUAAAGGCAAAGAUGGAGUCACUGUAAACUAACCUGUCCUCAUUUACACCUUCCUUUUCUUUUCCAGUGCAGAAAUUAAAAUAAGUAUAAAGCA